CUCUGUGAAAUGGUUUCUCCCGCUUUAUAAACAGCGAAGCUCGUCCCACGCCUGAAGCUUGUGCUCUGCGCUGCAACGAGAAGACGAAUCUAUGGAUGCGAGCGCACUGAGAAGACGCACAGAUGAAUGUUGCUGUUGACUGGGACCGCCAAUAAAAUGCUGCCUUGGAAGAAGAACAAGUUCGACCUCAUCGAAGAAGACAAGCAGUCCAAGCAGAAGGGCUAUGCGGUGAGUCUCAACUACUCCGCGCUCACCUCCUUCGCCAAGUCCUGCCCCGAGAGCGCGCUCAACCGAGUGGGCAGCAUGUUCAAGUCCAAGCGGAAAAAGGUGAAGAUCACCAGCGAGGACCCCACGUACACGGUCCUCUACCUGGGCAACGCCACCACCAUCCAGUCCAAGGGAGACGGCUGCACGGACGUGGCGGUGAGCAAGAUCUGGGGCAAGAGCGAGAUGGGCAAGAACGGCACCAAGAUGCGGCUGACCAUCAGCUCGCAGGGCAUCCGCAUGGUGCACGUGGACGACAAGGCCCGGAGGCCGGGACACCUGUACCUGCUGCACCGGAUCACCUACUGCGUCGCCGACCCGCGGCUGCCCAAGGUUUUCGCGUGGAUUUACAGGCACGAGAUGAAGCACAAGGCGGUGAUGCUGCGCUGCCACGCGGUGAUGGUGUCCAAGCCGGAGAAGGCCAAGGCCAUGGCGCUGCUGCUGUACCAGACGUCGGCCACGGCCCUGGCCGAGUUCAAGAGGCUCAAGCGGCGCGACGACGCCAGGCACCAGCAGCAGCAGCUCAUCGGGGACCAGACCAUCCCGUUGGUGCCCAUCCGGAAGCUGCUGAACGGACAGUGUUACUACAAGCCGCCGGUGGAGCGCAGCCGCAGCGCGCCCAAGCUGGGCUCCAUCACGGAGGACUUGGUCGGGGAGGAGGAGGAGGAGAAAGCCAUGCACUUCGAGUGCGAGGACAUCCUGGACACGGACGAUGAGCGUGUUGCCAACGGUAAACACGAGUUGACUCAGAUUAUUAAUGACUUGGGAGAGAUGAGCAUUGGGAACGAUGUGCAGACGCUCAAAUCUGACCUCCGAGUCACCAGACUUCUGUCAGGGGAGAGCACGGGGAGUGAGUCGUCCAUCGAGAGCAACCAGGAGCCUCCUCCGCUCAUUAAUGGCUUCGAGGAGAUAAAGGUGCAGGAGGUUGCCUGAGUGACUUUGGGCGCGUUUAAAACCAUUUCCUCUGUGUCGUGUCCUCGUGUUGGAGAGUGUUUGUCCAAUCUGUGCCUCCAUGAGUAGCGGAGAGGGUUCAGUAAAGACCCCCCGGGGUUCUGAGACCGGGGCCCGGGUGGUAUUUUUAAAACUGUGCAGAGCAAACACACUAAAAAACAUGGAGAAAAACAAGUGCACGCACGUUUGGGAGUUAAUUGGUUGAACCCACACAAUCCCAGGACACACUGCGCUAAUUCCAUCUCUUUUAUUUAAGAGGAUUUGCUGUAGCCUCAAGCUUGUUUACCUAAUGUCUCUUCUCUCGUGAAAAUGGCAUUUUUCUGGUGAAAAGUGCUCGUCGUGAUCCAAAAAGAACCAUUCCGAUGAAAAAGAAUGUUUUGUUUUCGUCCUGAGUGGUUCUGUGAGUCUCAUUUCUCCACCUGGCCGCUUUUCAAUCAGCCUGUUCAUUUAUUUCUAUUUUGCAUUGUUGUGGAAUUCACUCAAGUAUUAUGUUGACUACAUGUACAUAUGUUUGUUGGAAUGUUGUCUGACACGUUUGUGUCAUAUCUUUGCUGUGCAAAAGAAAAAACACCUUAAUGUAUAUUGAUGUAAAGUAAGA